CAGGACAGGAGGGUAGCGUUACUUGGCUUGGAGUGUGGAUUGACAGUUUGGAUCACAGUUACCAUUAAUAACAAGCCCACGCUAGGGCAGCAUUGCGGUCUUGAGGCAAGUGGGGAAAGUGCCCAAGAGCAGGUCAGCGCGCACUUCAUAAACGGGGAAGCAUAAAACUCGAGAACAGCAAACCCUGGAGAGUGCGGUGGAACACGAGCAAAGGAAGUUAAAUCUCUCUGUUUAGUGAGCCUACGGGUGUUUAAAACACUGCAUGAAGUGUGAAAAUCCGAAUGAAAUUUAAAGUCGUUGCUGGACCGGUAUGAAUACACGUAUGUAUGCGUAUGCACUGUUUUAUUGAUUUAACUGGGAAUAUGUUUGCACCAGUGAGCAGUUAGUACAACUAGGCUAUCAACAAACUGACACACACAUAACUUUCGAAGUGGUGAAGUGAAUUGUGGGUGUAUGUUCCGUGGGACUUUCAUCUCGGACACAAUGUAAGGCGUUACACUGGAUUGUCUUGCUGGAUCAAGAUAAUAAUAUGACGAUGUUCAGAACUACAUAAGCUCCAGGUGCAGGUGCAACAAAAGCUAAUUAAACAUCGCCUGUGGCAUUGAUGGCCGGGGUUUUCGGGUGGAGCCAGCGCGAAGUUGAUGAGCCCUCAUGCCGAGGCAGUGGUGAUGGGGAGCGGCAGCUCCAGAUCUGCUUCCCUGCGGAAAGUCUGCGCUGAUCACUGCGGCGGGGUUAACUGGCUAAGCCUCAGUCCGGACGGGCGCUACCUGCUCACCGGCAGCGAGGACUGGACCGCCCGCCUGUGGAGCACUUCGGAACAGCAGUGCUGCAUGCUAUUCCAGGGCCAUGAGAACUACAUCACUUCCUGCCACCUGGAGAACGAUGCUGCCUACACAUGCAGCGCGGACCACAGCGUCCGGAGAUGGGACCUGAUGACAGGGGGCUGCACGGCUGUCUUCAAGGGACACUCCUCCAUUGUCAACAGAGUCCUGGUGACCCAAGGCUGCCUGUUCAGUGCUUCCUACGACCGCACCGCGCGGUGCUGGAGUGUGGAGACGGGCAGGCAGCUCCAGGAAUUCCGUGGACACCGGAACUGUGUGCUCGCUCUCGCCCACUGCUCCUCCCAGGACCUCCUUCCUGAGCCGGACAGAGAGCAGGUCAGAGACUUCCUCAUCACAGGCAGCACUGACUGCACCCUCAAGCUUUGGGUCGUGUCCGACGGGCGCUGCUACCGGACUCUGCGUGGGCACAGCGGGGCCAUCCUCUGCCUGGCACUGGACACCGCAAACAAGGCACUGUUCUCUGGGAGUACGGACUGCACUGUGCGCAGAUGGGACCUCACUAAAGGAGAACAGACCAGGGUCUUUCGAGAGCAUCAGGGCUCUAUCAUAUGCUUGGAGCUUGUUAGUCAGCACUUGUACUCUGGGAGUGCAGACCGAACAGUCAAGUGCUGGCUGCUGGAUUCAGGGAAGUGUGUUCGGACCUACAAGUCUCACAAGCGCACUGUGAGUGCAAUCAGAUACCACAGAGGAAUAUUAUUUACAGGAAGCGGUGAUGCCUGUGCCAGAGCCUUUGAUACCAAAUCGGGGGUCUUGAGAAGAGUGUUUAGGGGGCACACCUUCAUCAUUAAUUGUAUACAGAUUCACAACCAGCUUCUGUACACCGUCUCCCACGAUGGUACUUUACGAGUUUGGGAUGUGCGCAGUGUUUUAGAGCAGGACAAGGAAACCCCAAAAAAGGAUUCCCAGAAAGGCAGCCUAACCCGGUUGUGCAACAACAAGGUGGGCUGCAUGUGGGGUUCCCAGCCCCAGAGGACAGAGCGAAGCUCACAGGCUGAGAGAGAACUCAGAGAACAAGAGGGUAUCGAGCUUGUCUAACAGCAGCCCUGAGGACAGAGUGGAGCUCCCAGGCUGAGAGAGAACGAGAAUGAGAGAGCAUCGAGGACAGAGCAGAGCUCACAGGCCGAGAGAGAACUCGGAGAACAAGAGGGUAUCGAGCUUGUCUAACAGCAGCCCUGAGGACAGAGCGGAGCUCCCAGGCUGAGAGAGAACGAGAAUGAGAGAGCAUAGAGGACAGAGCAGAGCUCACAGGCUGAGAGAGAACAAGAAUGAGAGAGCAUAGAGGACAGAGCAGAGCUCACAGGCUGAGAGAGAACGAGAAUGAGAGAGCAUUGAGGACAGAGCGGAGCUCCCAGGCUGAGAGAGAACGAGAGAGCAUAGAGGACAGAGCAGAGCUCACAGGCUGAGAGAGAACUCUGAGAACAAGAGGGUAUCGAGCUUGUCUAAUAGCAGCCCUGAGGACAGAGCGGAGCUCCCAGGCUGAGAGAGAACGAAAGGGCAUUGAGGACAGAGCAGAGCUCACAAGCUGAGAGAGAAUGAGAGAGCAUUGAGGACAGAGCAGAGCUCCCAGGCUGAGAGAAUGAGAAUGAGAGGGCAUCAAGGACAUGUCUCUGUGGAAGACUUUCAUAAAAUGUAUUGUACUAAAUAAUUAUUAUAUAAACUUUUUUAUUUUCAAUAUAACAUUUUGUACAGUGUUU